AUGAGUGAAUCAUUGCAAUCCUGCUCUUUAUCCGAAAGUCCAUCUGAGAAUACUGGAACAAGCAGCAUCAGCAGCAGCAAUGCUUCGCGAUCUACCGCGCAAGUAGAACAUGAGAAAGUUGGAGAUUCGUCCCCGAUGGACAUGGAAUGCAACAUCCAAACAGAGCGCAUCACAAAGUGUCUGGACAAGUUGGUGUACCAGACAAAACUAGCGCUCUGCAUUCCUGCCUUGAUGCGCGACAAAAUUUUGGCCGAUAUUUUGACGUCUAGAGAUUUAGACGACGUUGAGUUCAUUAUUUUGCAGUACGACGAUCCUUUUUCGUCUAACAGUUGUAUGAAUAUGAUUGCUAUUGGAGAUAUAGAAGCGGGAGACAUGUCAUUGACGAACCGUGUGAAUCCUGACUUAAGUUACUUGAUGUGUACUCUGUGCAGCUAUCCAGCGUUGAAGCCUCACGUGGAAAGACUUGUAGAAAACAUGAAAAGAGAUACUUUAUGCAGCACAAACCAGAGUUUAAAAUCCUCGCCCGGUUUGAAUCAUCUGCUAAAGUUGGAGGAGUUCCGCGAGCUGAUGGUGCAGAGAAUGAAAACUACGGCGGCAGAAGAGAUCUCAGCGAUGAUAUGCACCAGGAAGCUUGAAAAAAGCAACCACGAGUGUCUUAAGAAAAUCGCAGAGGACAAUAAGUGCCUUCAGGAAGAAAAACUUGAGCUCGAAAAGCAAAUCCGACAUAAAAUGGAAGUAAUAACUGUGCUAAAACAAGAGCUACAAGCCAACCAGCAAAAAUCUUCCAUUGUGAGGAAAAAACAGAUCCUGGAUUCUGAACGUCAAAUGGUACUGGCUACGCGAGCCCACAAGGUCAAGUACCAAAUGCUCAAAGAGGAAGAGGUCGAGAGCCAGGAGCUUUACGGCAGAUCACUCGGUAACAAUAUGACGGCUGAAAAACAACAACGAGAUCGCAGAAGGAAAGUGGAAACGCAGUUGCAGUCGUGGGUGCAGAAAUACGACUUAGAAAUGUCGGCUAAGCAGGAAGAGCUGGACGAGAUCACUCAGCAGUGCGACGACGAGGUUGAGAAAUGCAAGGAAUUGAAGCUCAAGUUAGAGAAACAGAACGAGGAAUUCUUCCCGCUAAUGGAGGAGAAAGAUGGUGAAUACCAUCAAGAGAUGACCGCCAAGUUGGACAACUUCAUCGUCGAGCACGCCGCGAGGGUUAUUCAGUAUGCUUGGCGUACGACGUUAAAAAACCGUGAUGAAAAGAAACAGUUGACAAAGUUAAGGAGAAAAAUGGAAGCGGAGAAAGAAGCGGCGGCUAGGAAAGCAGAAAUAGAAGCCAAGAAGCAAGCGCUGCUAGAGAAGAAGCAAAGAGCAAAAGAGAAGGCUGAAGCUAAAGCAGCAGCUAAAGCUGCCAAACUAGAAGCUAAAACUAACAAAGAUAAAGAAGGACAGGAAGAUUGAGAAGGACAAAAAUAAAUUCAG